AUGGUGCCAGCAAGUUAUCGGCACAGAUGGCAUCGGGUCUCAAAUUGCAUUUCGCUGUUUGCCUUAAGCUGUUGCUUGGCUACCUGCGCGUUCGCCGCUGCGGAGCCAACCCUGAGUGGAGCACUGAAAAAAUGCGCACCAGAUGCGCCUUGUUCCAUCAGACUUCUGCCAUCACUUGUGGGGGGUGAUCCCACCUUGAUGGCUGUUUCAGAAGAUCAUGUUUGUGGCGCGCCGCCAGAUUCCAGGUUACAGGCCACAAAUCCUGUUCCAGGAACCUUCGUCAUAGCAGCAGAUGCCAAUCAAACCUUGUUUGAGCUGGGUGUCAUGGGACCUUCUCCUGGCCUUUACCGCUUAUGUUUGUGCAGCGACAACUGCAUGGUGUCCACAGGUACGCAGAACCCGCUCGCAUUCAACACAGAUGUUGGAGACUUGCUUGUUCGAGGUCCCAUCGGCUUUGUACAAACUCCAGAUGUGUGUGUUGCUGGAGGGCCUUCUUGCAUGGUCAACAUCACCGCAUUGGGCAUCUCCUUAGGAGACAUGCUCGCCGUUUCUCGCAACGCUUCAAGCUGCAGUUCUGAACCCUUUGAAGUGGUCGGGCCCAUUGCGCCAACGUUACCAGCAACAGUCUGGUAUGCCAUCGUGUUCGGUUCUCUGGAGUUUGUCUUGGAGCAUGAAGUGGCAGCAGCGGAAGCUGCGGCAAUACCAUCAGCAUUGCAUGCCGCUCUGGCAGGGCAUUUCCAGAUCGAGCCGAACAGGUUGUUCGUCACCAGACUGUUACAUGGCAGUGAAAGUCAACCGGUGGGAGAUAUGUUGGGUCGGCGGUUGCUUUCAGAAGAACCUUGGCUUGCAGAGUACCAAGCAGUCCUACCCUGGACUGCUGCCAUUGUGAUAGAGCGGUUCGUGAUGGACUACAACCUAGAGGAUGACAGUUUGAAUUCGAGUUUCUUCGCGGUAUUGCAAUUCGAGCUUGAAGCUGCUGGAAUGAACAUGUCACUCAUUUCAGUGAACUUCACGGAUGUAAAGCUCCAACGGUUGACUGCCGACGCCGCCAGCAAGUACGUAGCAUCGUUGCAGUGGCAGGAUAACAACACCGGCGACAGCAACGCUUCGAAUGAGCCAGGUGAGCACAAUAGUCAAGAUUUGAACAUGACCUCUGACGAGCUCUCGGAUACCGAGAAUGUUUCGAGAAAGCUGACCGGUCUCAUGCAGGUCAACGCUUCUGACAACAUCUCAGACGACUCAUUCGGCGAUGGUGCCGACUCUGACGAAUCACCCUUCGAGCUGAAUGAUUCAGCAAACUCCAGUGACAUGAUUGGAAAUGAGCAGAUGGAGGAAGUGCAGUUGAUGAUGCGAGUUGCUAGCGUUGAUUAUGCAGCGCUGGUGGCUUCACCUGAGCUGCUAUCUGAUGUUAAGGCCACUGUGGCUCGCCAGGUGGCGCAGACAACUGGGGUGGCGAUUGAGCAAGUUCGUGUGCAUGCAUCGGAAGGAUCGCUUCAAUUGGCAGUGGCAAUACAGACGCCUAGAAGUUCCACAUCUCAAGUAAGAGGCUCCUUGAUCGCUGCAGCGGAUGCUGGUACUUUGGCCGAUGAGCUCGCUGCGCACUUGAGCAUGAUCUCAGGGAUCAGUGAGGUGGUAAACGGCCCGAUCAUUGUGGACAUGCAGUCGGUGGACUUGACGGUACUGGGCAUGAAUGAAACAACAAACCAGACGUUGCCCCUCUUGGCACGAAGCUCGGUCCUUACUGAUCACAUUGCAUUUGAUCUCAAGCUUGCAGGUGGCACAUGGUUGUUGUGCUACCGGUUUGCCGGUGGAAAUGCAUCGAUGGCAGUAGGUGAGCUGGAAGUCUUGGGUGCUGGGCUGUUGACAAAUGGCCUUGGUGGACGUUUAGAGCCGGUGGCCACCCACGAAUUCGAUGUCGAAGUCUCGGCUCCUUUCAGUGGUUUGCGAUUGGAGGACCGUUUGCUGUUUAUCGAAUCCCCGGCAUCAUGCGGACAUACUCCUUCCACCGUGUAUUUCACGGGCAAUUUGAAUGUUUCAGGCACGGCUGGCUCUACAAACGACGCCAAUACUUCGCUUUUGUGGAAAGGUCUGGCGAUCUCUAGACCAGGGAUGUACGUUGCAUGCUGGUGCUGGAGCGGAAAUUCCCAGUGCUCAUCUCAUGAAGACUACAACCUUGAACUUGACAGGAUUCUUGUUCGAGGUCCACUGGGCUUCGAGCCACUGGAAGUUCCAGCAGGGCACAGCUUCGAUCUGGUGCUUCUCGGAGUCGGAUUGUCUAAGUUUGACGCCGUGAGGCUCUCCAACAUGUCUGGGGCCGAUUGUGGUAAUGCUCCACUUGAGAAUGCCGAACAACUUAGGGGAGACAUUGAAGCAGCCAGUUCUGGUGAUGGCAGUGAACGAAGAUGGACAAGCUUAAUGCUGAUGGAACCCGGGACAUACACCUUGUGCUGGUGUGCAGGUUCCGACCCAAACGCCUGCUCUGCAGCCGAGAGUUAUGAUUUGUCUCUGGGGCUCAUCGAAGUUUGGGGGCCUGAGAUAUCUUCUCACAGGUGUGUGAUGGGAAGCAGUUGCUCCGUGAUUCUGACAGGCGUGCCAAGCUAUGAGUCGUCCAGCAUUUUGCUGCGCACCGGCAGCGUUGCUUGUGAAGGAGCCACUUCUGCCCCCGUGUCAAUGAAGGGUUUAACAAACCCACAGCACAGCGAGACGACCGAAAGUCACCUUUACACCGCCUUUCGCUUCAUCCCUGUGCGAGCACGCAGUGGCGAUACGGUGCAGAUCGCUGAGCUGCUGUUUUAUUUCCAAGGAUCUCAAGUAGACUUGCCCGGUGCUGUGGCUCGGCGCUUGCCAGGUGGCAACGGUCCUGAAGAAGAGGAUGCAAGAUUCGCAGUGGACGGCCGAAGGGCUACGAAAUUUCUAGACUUCAGAGGGGUGGGCUUUGAGGUCACUUUGCAAAGUCCGCGCCAGGUUGAUGCUGUCGCUUAUGUGACGGCCAACGAUGCACCAGAGAGGGAUCCUGUAGCUUUCAUGUUGGAAGGCUUAUCGGACAGUUGGAGGCCCCUGGCGGCACCGGCCCGCCUAUCACCACCAACUGCUCGGCACCAAGAAACGGUUAUCAUCGCAGCAACGGCAGCGCUGGACAGCAAUCAGACCGUUUACAGGCUGGGUGUGCCAGUCGAAGACAGCCCGGGGUUGUCCACAAUUUGCUGGCAGAAAAGUACGGGCUUCUCUGUUGAGGCAGGAUCCCUGGAAUUUUCCGGUCUCAUGGAACGCAGGGAGCAACACUGCUUCGUGGGAUCCUCUUGCACCUUCGGGCCAGUGGCUGGUUUCGCAUUAAGCCCUGCAGACCUCGUCGUGGCAAUUCCAUCAACGGAAUAUUGCAGCCAGGGCCAGGGGCAAAUUGGAACAGCUUCGGUUUCUUCGAGGGCAGAGUGGGCGGGGCCUUGGGCGACCACCUUGGAAGUUGACAGCGGUCAGCACGCAGUUCUGGUCGAGUUGCCGCAUGUUCCUGCUGGAAAGUGGAAGUUGUGUUACUGCGUACACACAGAUGAGGGCUGCCCUGCAUCAAGAUACAGCAUCGACAUGGGAAUGCUUGACAUGGCCGGACCUUUGCCAGCAACGGACUUCACAUGCAUGCUCAACGCAUCCACUUGCACAAUUGGUCCAGUCGUGGGAUACGACCUGUCUGUUCAAGACCAGGUCAUGCUGUUCCCAUCUGCUUGGAGCUGUGGCAAUGUGAGCGGGAGUUCUGAUGCUAGCUCAGAGAACCUCACGGAGUUGGAUCAAGACCUCGGCGAUCUGGCUGGAUUGGUUUUGGACGCAGCGCAGUCACCGCAUGUUUUUGAGAUGCCGAAUGCAUCGGAACGCACCGGAAGCCCUGGCACUUGGAAGAUCUGCUACUGCGUUGCUCAGGGUGAUAGAUGCUCGAGCCAUGGAGGCUUUUCGGCUACACUGGGCAACUUGGUCAUCGUUGGGCCAGACCUCACGCAGCAGCAUGCCUGCACGUUGGGGAUGCCUUGUCAUGUAGUGCUCGACGGACAUGGACUCAGCCGCAGCAACGCCAUCAUGAUCGUGGAUGUUGCCAGAUCUUGCGGGUCCGCCGAGCCCUUGCUCAGCCAUUCAGGUUUGCAGUGGCCACAGCGCCCGACACCUCAAGGUGUGAAUCACUAUUUUGCUGGAACUGCAACAGCCGGGAACGUUGGGCCUGUUGGCCGGUUGUGCUGGGCUUUCAGUUGGUCGCACUGGGCAGACUUUCAGGUUGACCUGGGUCUCUUUUACGUGGCAGGACCCGAACAGCACCGGAGUUUCGUAUGCACCAUUGGUAUCCCUUGCACCCUGUCUGUCCAGGGGUACAACAUUCCAGAGUCAAGCGGGGUUUGGCUGAUCGGCGGUGACAGACCUGUCGUUGCGACUUGGGAGGCUUCCGCGCUUGAGCGAUCAUGUUCUGUUGCAGAUGUGGGUGAUGCAGCAUCUGUCGAGGGUUUCGACAACCCGGCAUCUCCGCAAAACGUGUCCCUUGAGGACGCCGCUUACCCUUUGGGCAUCGCAUCAGCAGGAGCCGUCGGCCCAUUCUUUCGGGUCUGCUGGCGGCCAUCUCCAGCACUGCCAUUUGCUGUCGAGCUCGGGCGAUUCUCCCUUGUUGGACCUGAAGCCGCAGUUGGCGUUUGUGUCAAGGGGUAUCCUUGCGACCUCACCCUGGGUGGCUAUGGAUUGAAUCCUGAAAACACCUUGCAGAUAGCGGAGUCCAACUGCACAUUCAAUGCAUCAGCCGGCGAGGACAGUGAUGUAGCCAUGAUUCCCGGAUUGCUUGGCCUGGCAGGUUUCGGUGCACCACUGCGACCUCGGCAAGGAACUGCAGGCACAUAUGAUCUGGGUACAGUGAGGUCGGGACGAGCCGGGCUGCAGCUGGUCCUUUGUUGGUCUGGCGAGCCCGGUAGCGAAUUCACGCCAAUCGGAUCCUUGUACAUUGCCGGUCCAGAUGGUGGUCAAGAACUUGUGUGUGACAGCGGCAGUCCUUGCCAACCGAACAUACAAGGAUUUUCCAGCCCCAUGUGGAAAGAAUACUGGCUGGUGACGGGAAGCGGCCAAUACAUUCCGAACUUCUCAAUCUUUCUGAGCAGCCGAUGCGAGCCGGUAUGGGGUCAGCAUGGGGGUGAUCUUACCCAUACUUGGGAGCGAAUACCGGCAGGGGAGAAGGACUUUUACUACUAUGUGUCUGGGAAAUUGCAAGCGUGUCCCAACUAUGUCCUACAUCUUGACACUGUUAGUUGCGCAGUGGUGGCCAGCCCGUGGACUGGCAGCGGCGGCAACAUUGCCAAGCAAUGGAUUCAGUUGUCUGACGAUGCGGGCUCCUAUCACUGGCUCCUAUCCCCAAGCGGUAGCCCAUGCCCACACAAGAUGCUUGCAGCAGAGGCCGGAACCUUGCGCCCGAAGGAUUUUUUCCGAAGCCCAUUGGCACAGUGGAAGAUCGUGCAGAGGGAUUCCGCACCCUGGCCGCACCGCAGCAGCCUGCUUCUGCUGCCAGAGGGCACAGGCUGCAAUGUGUCAGAUGAUCAGGCGGCUAUACGCCUGCAACGGGAAGGCUUGACAAAUCCUGCGCAGUGUUGUGAGCGAUCUGGCCAAUCUCAGCAACUUAAGCUGCUGCUUUCUUUCGGGGAGUACGAAACAGGCCCUGGCAGGUUUGACAUCUGCUGGGCGCGCACUAGCGGUGAUGGCUUGAGCGGAGGUGCAGACAAUCCAGCUCCGGCAUCCGAGUUUCCGGUGUGGGUGGGUGUUUUGACCCUGCUGGCACCACAAGCCGUGGGUCAGGUCGGAUGCACUUUGGGACAAGACUGUCUCAUUGAAGUUUCGGGCCUCGGUUUGUCCUCGUUGGAUUCCAUUGUAAUUCACACUGGUGACUCCUGUGACUGGCCACAACUGCCACCCUUCAACCUUCAUGGUGCUCCUAACUGCGCCUCCUCCGGUCAUGACAGUUUCGUCGAUGCACAAGUCAUCGGGGACGUUCGUUGGAUCAUCGCCACUACGUGUCCCAGAACGGCAUCAUCUCCUCGGAUCGUUCAGCCAAAAGUCCUCCUUCGCAGCUACUCCAUGCCUGCAGUGGCACAGCUUUUGCAGGAAGACCAUUAUUUGCCUCUUCCCAAUGGAACCGUGGGCGUAGCCCUAGAUGGCCUGGCCAUUUCGGGUGCAGAGGCACCUGAUGAAGGCAUGGAUGAGUGUGGACUGGUUGUGGCAGCCUCUGGAGCUGCUUAUUAUGCGACAACUCCAGGCUUUUGGCACAGUGACCGAGGACCUUGCAUUGGUGUCUUGUCCUGGGCGUCUGCUGCAUCUGCUUCCUAUGUCAACGAAUCGCACGAGCUGCUACUAGGGUUCAUGAUGGACGGAGUGCCGCUUUUUGCACCAUUGGCAAACGACAGCAACUUCACAACUGAUAGUUGUGGUGGCCAUGCGGAUGACCUGCCGUUCUACCACUAUCAUGCUACUGCAUCGGGUGGACAGUACUCGAACAGGUUGGUAGGAUGCCUGCGAGCCGUGGCCAAGGGGGGCCAUGGCUUUUCGCCCCCGCCUGCUCCCGUGGCGUGGCCUGAACUUCGGCCAUUGGACGUAAGAGGCCUAGCUCCGAAUGUUCAGCACGGGCGCCAGGAAGUACUGCUCCAGCAUGCUCGCGAGGCUGCCCGCUUCUUGCCGAGAAGUGUGGAGAAUGCCAGCCGAGCACUAUACAGCAUUUCCCAGCCUUCUGAAAGCGCACUAGCAUACUCAAUUUGCUGGGGCCAUGGCCUUGCAUUGGACAUGCAUCAUGUGCUGCUUGGCACUCUGAAGCUUUCGGGACCAUUCAAGAACGAUUUUCGCUGCACCUUUGCCCUAACCUGUGUCUUGUCGGUGACUGGUUCCGAGCUUGUUCAGCAGAAUCGACUCGUGCUGAGCAAUGGUAGCUGUGCUGACGACAACCACCUGCCAGCAUUCAGGCAUGUUGCGCUUGCUCCUACUUCAGCGAUCGGCAAUGUAUCCACUUUUGACGUCGGCAUUUUCCUCCCCGAUGCUGUGGCCGACAUUUCCGUGCAGGUGUGCUGGAAAGCUUUUGCUGACGCGCUUCCUGUGGAUGUCGGCAGCCUAGAGCUGGUAGGCCCAACUCAAUCAGAUGCUGUAGCUGUGUGCUCACCAACUCGGCCAUGUGACGCCCUUAUUCGGGAAUAUAUGCCAGGCACGGCCGUGCAGGCGGUUCUCGGGGCCUUUAAUGAAUCCUGCGAAUCAGGAAUGGAGGAUGCGGCUUUCGUUGGUGCAAGGGAUUCAGUCGGCCAGCAGGGCCCUGAAUCCUGGUCAUAUACAUUUGGAAGACUCCAGCCGGGCAUGCCACCUGGUAUUUUUUCAUUGUGUUGGCAUCCAGUGGGACAAGAUGGAGUCGUUUCCGAGCUUGCCAUCUCGGCCGGAGCUUUGAUUGUCCGGGGCUUGCGUUCUCUAGAAGUGGAGCCACCGCUUUCUGCUGGCAUCGCAUCCCGCUUGACACUCAGAGGAGUCGGCAUGCUCUUGACAGAUCAGAUCCGAGUGGUCGAGAAUGCCAUUCUGUGCGGCUCAGACAAGUCUAACAGGAGCACUCACUAUGUCGUGGAACUGGUCCAGGAUACUUCAGCAAGUGUUGUCAGUGCACUCGCUCUCACUCCGACUGAUACACGCGACCUGAACAGUUCAGACAUGUUCUCGGAAUCAUUGGUGACGUGGAACAUAACUCUUCAGGUCGGAGGCAGGUUUCGCGUGUGCUGGUGCCCAUCUGAUGGAGACGGCAGCGACUGCACUGCAGCAGCUGACUUUGCUGUAGAUGCUGGCCUGCUUGUGUCCAGAGGGCCAACUAGUUUGGGUGAUCUGGCAGACGAGGAGGUCAGCAGGCGGUUGUCCCAAACAUCAGAAUACGUGGCUGGCGUGCCAUUCACACUCCGUCUUCAAGGCUUCAUGCUGCAUGUUGAAGACCGGGUUAAGAUCCUCCCAGCAGACCAAUUGCCGUGCAACGAUGCUGUGCAGAGGCCUUACCUUGAUGAAGCUGGAGCUUUCCUGGAAAAUCCUCACGUCUUCGAGAAUGGGCUUGAGGAAGAAUGGGCAAACACCACGAUCCUGGCAAGUGGGAGGUACGAUGUUUGCUGGUGCGCAGCCAGCUUGGAGGGGCCGUUCUGUUCAGGUGCUUAUACUUUAAUUUCGGGGCUUACAGUGGAAGGUGCGCAAAUCGCCUUUGGACUUUCCGGGACGGUGCUGGAAAUCUUUGCAGGCAUCCAGACGCAGCUAGAGGUUUGGGGCACUGCCUUGACUGGUGCGGAUCAGGUCAAGGUCGUCCCGGACACAGAGCAGCGCUGCGUGGCGGCAGCAGUUGAUGAUUUUGUGCAGCCUUCACUUUUGAAGCCCACAUACAUUGCUCACGGAAUGGGGGAGUCCUUCGAGCGUUUCGAUUUGCUUGCAAGACGACCUCCACGUUGUCGCAUUUGCUGGUGCAGCGGCGUGGCAUCACAACCCUGCAGCGCUUUCCCUGAAACGGGGGAGCAGUCCUGGGUCGACUUGGGGACUGUGGAGAUCUACGGCCCAACAUCAGCUGUUCCUGAAGGAGUCGCGCAGGCAGGUGUUGUGUUCACUUUGGUUGCCUUUGGGGGGGUUGGGCUUCCGGCCUCUGUCUCUGCAUCGGCAUUCCUGCGCUCCGAGCACUUCGACUGCGACAGUACGACGGUUCCAAAUGAUGUCCAGACAUCAGGCGGCCACGCUCGGGUGACUGUACCAACAUCCAAUGUUUCCGAAGAAUGGGUUUGGCCAGGAGUCCAGAUAAGCUCACCUGGCAGUUUCCGCGUGUGUGUGCAGCUGGCAGCUUGCUUGAUGAAGCCGUGUUCUCGUGGUCACAAGUUUGGCUUUGGCAAGCCAUGGGAUCUAGGUGUGUUUAGCGUUGGUGGACCACGAUCUCUUACAGCUGCAACACCUUUUUCCGGACUUGAGUUUGAGGUGACUUUACAGGGAUUGCAUCUCACGGUCCAGGAUCAGCUGCAAAUAGUUGAGGAUGCGCAUGCAUGUGGCCACUUGCCCGCAGUUUCCGCGUCACAGUAUGCUCGCCUGGGUUUCAAGGAUCUAGACAACGCGACGAGCAACAAUGUGUCCGACAGCAGCUCAAGUCUCACUGCUGACGAUGCAGAAAUUGUAUGGGAAAUGGAGCCCCUGCCUGCGGCUGGACUCUAUCGGAUUUGCUGGUGUAGCAGCUGGCGGGCUUGUACAGCUGAUGCAUUCUUAGUGGACGCUGGCACCAUUGCAGCUUUUGGUCCCGAUGGGCAGGCGGAGACAGUGUGCGUCAAAGGAGCUGCCUGUGACUUACGGCUUCAUGGAAUCGGUAUGACAUUAUAUGGACCCGACCCUCCAGUCGUACUGCUGCACACGAAUUGUACUGAGACAGACGAAGCAAUUCUUGGCCAACUUUUGUCUGCAUCUCCAGAAAGACUUGAGGUGCAAUGGCCGUCUUUGCUUCAUUUGUCAGUCGGGAACUAUCGCCUUUGUUGGGCUGUAAACGAAAACCUGGUCAACCAGAGCGUAGAUGCUGGCAGCAUUAUGCUGGCCGGUCCAUCGCCAUAUCCAGCGGCACACUGCAUUUCUGGAAGGCUUUGUUCUGUACUGGAUGUUGCAGGUGUUGGCUUGUCAAUCGGGGACCGUAUAACUGCAAGAAACUCGGCAUGUGGAGCUUUUGACGAGGAUCUGGGUGAUGGGCGCAUCUUCAGGGUGAGUCCGACCCCGGAUAGUUUCGAGACGGCUGAGUUCUUCACUGCAGUAUCGGCCCGAUACAUUCGCAUACAUCCAACAAAUUGGUAUGGAAAUAUUUCCUUGCGAGCAGGCCUCGUGGUGCAAGUCUGCGCAUCAUGCAUCUCAAGCACCAUGGUCGACGUCAGCGAUGAUGCACGCAGUUUUUCCUCGGUACGGCCAAGUAUGUCACCAUCGGAGUGCUUUUCAUGCGGCCGGCUCGACUCAGCAACGGCUUGGGUCGCGGAGCAGGCAGAGCUUGGUGAGUGGUACCAGUUGGAUGCUGGCAAGAUAUUAUCUAUCUCGGGCGUUGUGAUAAGGGGACGAGCGGAUGCAGAUGAGUGGAUCACUGAGUUCGUGGUUUCCUACAGCAUGGACGGCUCAGCUUGGAACCGGCUUCGGGAAAUGCGGGGUGCCAGUGGUUUCCCAAAUUCAGGUGUGGCGGUUGGACUCAUGAGCCAGGGCAAAUCUCAAUUCACAUGGCCUGGGAGCAUUGCUGCGAGAGGUGACACAUAUACACUCUGUUGGAGACGUUCAGAUGGGACUUCAGGACCAAGCCAGAUCGCCGAAUUUGUAACGACGCUGGGCUGGCUCAUCGUGGAUGGGCCACAGGGCGGCCAGACAUGGCAGUGCAAAGUCGCCAAGAGUUGUGAAGUCUCAGGCUUGCAGGGCCUGGGGUUGCGACGAGGGGACCUCCUAAGGCCACUGCCACUUUGCAGCGUCAGUGAUACCUCAGUGCCUUAUGCAGCGGCAUGGGAUGAUCUCGGAACAGGCUUCGAUUGGGGCUGGUCUUUGCAAGGAUACCUGCCCCGGACGUACCGACUGUGCUGGUGCCGGCCCUGGAAUGACACUCAGUUCCUCAACGAUUCGACUCCCGGCGUGGUGCCUGGAUGUGGACCUAACAAUGUCUUGGUCGAUGCUGGAGUACUGAGUCUGACCGGACCAAAUCCAGAUAAUUUCUUCACGUGCCUAUCGGGGGAAGAGUGUGUUGCAAUUCCUCUGCUUGGAGAGCAACUGAACGACAACGACAUGCUCCUUGUAAUGUACUCUAAUGAAUCAUGCGGCGAUGUACCCACACCUAUCCCGGGAAUGCCAAAUCUUGGGUUUUCGGACCCCGCCGAUGCCAGAGGAACGCGGUUCUAUUGGCGCGAGGCCCCUGUCACAGCAUCUGGUGCAGAUUACCGCCUUUGCUGGUGCAGUCCGUCUUUCUCAGAUUGCAACAACUCAGCAGACUUCGACACAGUUGCCGGCACUUUGCGGCUGAUCGGCCCUGUGAGGGACCAAACCAGGACUUGUGUUGCAGGCUUGCCUUGCACCCUGCAGAACCUCAGUGGACACUACUUCUCGGACGGAAGCGUUGCGGCCCAGCAGUUCUGCGACACCGAUCCAGCAGCCAUGAACCGCACAGAUUUCCAGGAAGUUGGUUUUGGUGGCAGUGCGCAGUUCGGCACAGAUGGGGACGUGACUUGGGCCGAACCCAAUAGAGCGAACGGGGGCAUCUACAAACUUUGUUGGAAAGGCGUUGGGCAGACAAGUUUUGGUGGUGAGAUUGGAAGUAUUGUGGUUCUCGGGCCCGUGGCAGAUCACCGCCGCAUGGCCUCCGACUCAUCACCGUUGAUUGUCUCAUUGUUCCAGGGGGCUGCUGGGACGUCUGCAUCACAGAUGGGGGACCGAGUGCGGAUCGCAGACAGCUGUUUGUCAUCACCCACUGCUGUGGCAGGGGUCGAAGGUGCAGGGAUUUCGCAAAAGCUGGAGCCCAAUGCCACGUCGUUUCGCUGGGGGGAGUCACUUCUAUCUGCACCUGGCGGUGAAUACCGUAUGUGUUGGUGUGCAGGCCACCAGCUGGACAACUCACCGCGUGCGUGUGAGCUUCCUGGUGACUUUGCGGUGGACGUCGGUAGUUUGGCCAUCAGCGGACCUGCUGGAGGUCAAGCUUGGUCUUGUGAUACUAGUCGUCCUUGCUCAAUAUCUGGGUUGAGAGGGGCGGGCCUGACAGAAAACGAUAGGCUCCUCAUCAAGGAGGGGAACUGCUUCGGUGGAACCCCACUCCGAGGUUUGCAUUGGGCCAGCGUUGGCACUUUCGUCAGUGCCGGUGGAACACUGGCGAAUGUUACUUGGGGCAAUCAAACCGUCGCUGCGGAAGGCGGUCACUAUCGCGUUUGCUUUUGCACACUUGGGUUUGGUGAGCCCUGUAACUCUCAAGUUCCACACCGCUUCACUACGGAUGCGGGCACACUGACGGUAAAUGGCCCACGCCCUGCACAUGCACCCUGGGCAGUACAGUUUGGGGGUGAAGGCAACGAUACCGCCUCCCAUGUUUUGGUAGACUCCGCUGAACCUGAGAAGGGACUUGGCCAUGCACUCCUUGCCGGAACUACGAGUGGUACUAUCGUCAACCCAGAGACGACGAGAGGCAUCGCAGAGGCCAGCGGAAUGACGUGGACCGAGGGUAGGUCUGCUUCUGACUACAUCGAUGUGGAAUGUGGCUGGAUGCGACAUGACAGCGGCGAUGAGCAGUGGCGGGCCACAUGUAGAUACCUGAAGCUUUCUUUGCAGCCGUUGAAUUUUACAAACUUCGGGUUGCGAGAUGCAUGGGUUACCAAGGUCGGGUACAACGGAAGCAUUUUGUGGACCAGACAGCUCGGGAGCUUUGGAGACAAUAUCCUCGCGGGGUUGGCACUUAAUCGACAGGACCAUUCGGUGUUUGUGGCUGGCAGCACCUCCGACAAUAUGCUGGCUCCAGAUCCGUAUGCGCAGGAUGGGGCUGGCACAGCGGCCGCAGCCAGCGGUGGCACAGACUGCUGGAUCAUAAAACUCAGCCAGUAUGGAGAGUACAUCAAUGCCUUCCAGUUCGGCAGCAACAUGAACGACUUCAUCGGUGGGAUCGUCGUGGCAUCAGACGGACUGUACGCAGCCGCGAUCCGUGAAGACCAGAUGCUGGGAAUUCCUCCGGAAGGUGGACUCGAUUCAGUUAUAGUCAAGUUCACGCUCGACUUGACGUUCGUGUGGGCAGGCUUGGUAGGCGGAGAGGGGAACGAUAUUGUGCAUGGCCUGCACCUCUACACUGGCAGCGCCGAGGACGGCAGGGAGCGUGUGCUGGCCUUCGGCACUACAGACUCUAACCUGUAUGCUCCCAGUGCUUCCUUUGAGCGGGAAGAUGUCAUCCUCACAAUUUAUAGCAUCGGCCCAUAUGCAAAUUUUGAGCGUGGCCGACAAGUUGGGUCUGCUGGUGUUGAUGUUGCAACAGGAGUCACAUCUGGUCCAGACGGUAGUAUCUACGUAGCCGGCUACAGUGAUGACAAUUUGUUUUUCGAUUGGGAUCCUCGAGGCGAAAUCCCAGACCCGAAACCUGGAGACUAUGAUGGCUUCGUUAUGAAGUUUACAGAAAGCUUAGUAUGGGUGUGGACAGCCAUGCCAGGCACUCCGGCCAAGGAGUAUAUUUAUGGAAUCGUGUUUCUGCCAGGGUUUACAGAGCAAACGAGCGAUCUGUUGAUUUCAGGUACUUCCGGAACCUUUUGGCCAGAGACAGAUUCACGGGACGACGUGCCUGUUGGUGCCACUGAUCUCGGGCGUACAGAUGCUUGGAUGAUGACGUUAUCUACCUCUGACGGAGGGUUCUCUGGAUGGCAGAAGCAACUGCGCAGUCCGGGGGAUCAGAUCCUUCGAGCAAUGGCAGCUGAAGCAGCCGGCGGCCACAUUUAUGCUGCAGGCUCGGCCGUUGGUGGUUACACUCCUGAGAUUGGGGCAACGCCUCUAGUGGGGUACGGGGAAGAGGAUGCCCUUCUGCUCAAGCUAGUCUGGGGCCGAGCAGCAGCACGUUGCUAUCGCGGGAGUGCUUGUGAAGCUGGCAUCCCCAGCGGGAUUGGAUUGGCGUCAACAGACGUGGGACUUUUGUCGCCCACUCGCUGUGGCAGUGGCACAGUAAACGCAGCAGGUGUUCCCAACACUGCCGCCGAUGGCUUGGCCGUGGACGACGGGUCUGGAGACACGUCUGGCUUGCGACAGCGUCUGAAAUGGGGAAAUCCUGUAGAGGGCAGGAUACUGGAAGCAGCUGUUGGACGAUACGUCCUCUGUUGGUGCUCUGGAGGCUGCGAUGGGGCGGUGCCAUUGGAGAUUAGUGCUGUAUUCAUUUCCGGUCCUGACCCGGACCAGCGGCGCACAUGUGUUCGCGGGCAAGCCUGUGAUGUCACCGGUAUUCGGGGUCGAGAUCUAGAUUCCUGGGACCGCGUGGCAGUGAUGGAUAGUUGUGCUGGCAACUUUGCAGGUUUCCCUCAGGGCGGACAUACCUCCGGCAUUGUGGCAUUCAAGUCCCAGAAACCAGAAGAUCUGAGCUGCGCCACGGUCACGCCAGACGAAAUAGAAGGAGUCUCAUCGAAUUUCGGUUGUGGACGCGUGACAGCAAGCGCUGGCCAGUACAAGUUGUGCUUUUGCACCCCCAGGGGUGCAGGCACACAAUGCGCACAGAAUUACGACUUCGGCUUCGAGAUCGGUGUUAUGAUUGUUCAAGGCCCGCUCAGCGGCCAGCCCCGUAAAUGCACUCUCGAUCAACGUUGUGCUGUGGACAAUAUCCAAGGGGUUGGUUUGAAGCCAGGUGAUCUGAUCUUGAUCCUGGAUGAGUGCAGAAUGCCCCAAACAGACCAGGCAAAGGGGGACAUGACAAUCCGUGGAGUUGCUGGCUUGACUGCGGAGUCGCCGGUUGCGACAAGUGAUGGCAGCUUCUAUGUGAUUGCUCAUCCUGCCACGGCGCAUCUCGGCACGUAUCGCAUGUGCUGGUGUCGGCCAGAUGUGUCACCGAGCGGCUGCACUUUGACAGACGAUUUUGCAGCAGAGAUUGGGCCGCUUUCCUUGGUGUCCCCAGUGAGCAACCACUAUCGCCGAUGCAUCCGGGGCCAAAUCUGCAGCAUCAUUGACUUGGAGGGCUUUGGCUUAGCCGAUGGCGAUGUCGUCCAUGUUUUGAACUUCUGCCCAGAACCGCCAACAUUCACUGAGUUCCAGGCUGACGUGACUCCGCCGGGCAUUCUUGUGGACCAGUGGCCAAGAGGAGGUUUGUCCCUGCCAGCCCAGCUUGGCGGGCGCUCGGUAUCUUGGGGUGAGGAAGCGGUCAUGAAUCCAGUUGGAAUCUAUCAGCUUUGCUGGUGUAUGGGCAGUGCAGGUCAUCGUUGCCUGUACCCACAAGAUUUUUAUGUCCGUUUGGGUGAGCUGGAAGUCGCUGGCCCGGUACCUUCUCAGUCUUUUCUGGCUGUGGCAGGCCACCCCCUUACUCUGCCAAAUGUGGAAGGCUACGGGUUGGAAGUCGAUCACAUUGCGAUUGUUCCGCAUGCGCACAAUUGCACCGGGCCAUGGAAAACCAUUCUUGCGGCAGCAGCUGAAACGGGCUUUCCGUCUGGAGGCCUUCUGAUUUCAACAGUCGCGCCACACAGCCCGGCCGACAACGUGAAGUUCGAGACGGCCAACUUCACAGCCGGUAUGCAACCAGUGCCUCGAGGUGGUGGAGAUUUCGCAUUGUGCAUGCACCGGAGGGGGUUUGGCGACAAUGCCUUUGCAGCUCGUGGCUACCAAUUCCUUGGCUGUGGCAAUGAGGAUGAAGCUCGCGCUGCUUGCACCCCUGCACCGCUGCCGAUGCCUAAAAGCCAACAGAGCCAGGCAAACUUGGAAGCAGCCGUGACCGAGGCUCGCGAACAGGGAGUGCAAGUCAGCCCCUGUGGCAUGGGCUUGUGGCUGGGGGCACGAUGGUACAGCUCCGGGCACUGGAUGUGGGACGAUGGCUCGAUGCUUUUGAACGGAUCUUUUGAUGAUCUGGCAGGCCAUGAAGCGGAGUACAUGAACUGGGCUGUUGGGCAGCCAUCCGCGAUUAACCACUCAAACGAGCCCUUGGUCUACAUGAGGGUUCCCGAUGGGGGUUGGCAUGAUGCGCGUGAACAGAAGCAUUCCUUUGCGAUCGUGUGUCAAGAGUUCGCAUCUCAAGCCACUGGCAGCUUACAGCUGCAGGGCCCAUACAGUGGUCAGAACUUUUCUGCCGUGGCCGGGCACCCAUUGCAGCUCUCGGGCGUGGCAGGUCUAGGGCUUAGCGCUGGAGACUUACUGCUGGCAGCGGAAGCAGGCAAACCUUGUGGCCAGGCCGAGGCGGUGCAUGCGCUUGGCGGAGAAGGUAUCUCCUAUCCUUCCCCUGAUGGGACCACUUUCAAUUUCACAUAUUCCACAAAAGCACCAGGAAGGUAUUACCAACUCUGCUGGUGUCGGAUAGCUGCAAGCACAUCAGGCACUUCCUGCCGGCGGGCCUCGGAUUUCGUUGUCUUCCUUGGAGAUUUGUUGCUCCAAGGCCCGGAGCUCGGGAAAAGUUAUGUCUGUUUCUCCGGCGAGGACUGCACCCUCCGACUCUCCUGGUUGCAUGAGGACGCGAUGACUGCCGGCAUGGCCACUUUUGCAACAGACUGUGACGGCCUUGGAAGAGGCCUGCAGGUCGCCGGCACCUCCGGCAGCACCUCCGGUACCUCCGUGUUUCGCUGGAGAAGCCUCCAUGCCUUUGGUGGGCACUACGGCGUCUGUUGGUGCGCGAGUCCAUGCGAUUUGGCCCUUCACCCACACCUAGCAUUCCAUGUUGGCACACUGGACAUUCACGGUCCUUUUGCUGAGCAGACUUUUACUUGUUUGCAGCAGCGCGAAUGCCAUGCUGCACCGGUGAAAGGGCUGCAUCUUCAGGAUGGGGAUCAGCUGAAAAUCAGCACUGAUGCAGUUGCCCACAUGCCGUGCAAUUCAUCCGACAUGUCACUCGUUUCUUUGCCUUCGAUACGUUGCGGCACAUUUGCAGACAGUUGCACCUUCAUUUGGCCAGCCGCUGUGAUGGCAAAUGUGCAGCCCGGUGCCUUCAACCUUUGCUGGUGCCGCCACGGGACAGGCUGCAUGACGAGCGUUGAUUUCGCACUUCAUGUUGGUACCUUAGCCGUCAUUGAAGCAUCCGGCUUUCAGUAG